AUGGCGUUACCUGUUGCUCGCAGGACGGUUAUGUGUAAUAUUUCGUUUGAUGGAUUAUUGGAUAAAAGCAACGAAGCCGCUUUGUUCAUUGAGCUUAUUAAAUACAUUUUAUUCGAAAAGAAUCAGAUGCCUGAAAUGUUUGAUCAACUCAAGCGGAGUACUCGCGUUCGAGGCAAAAACGCCAACCCAAAGAUAUCGAACAAGAAUGAGCGUCAAGCUUUCCUUUUGUUUUCAAGUUGUCAAAAACUCUUUGCAGAUAUCACUUCUGCCUUCCAGAAUCUCUAUGAUAUUAAGGAAAGCAUUAUAGUUCUUGGCUCAUCACCAACAAAUCCCAAAGAAAUUUACCACAUCCAAUUUCCAACAACUGUAACAUCUGGUUUGAAACCUCUUUCUUGUAAAGAGAGCAAACAGUCUCUCUUUCUUCAGAUCUUUGCUCAAGACCCAUUCCAUGUAGGACAGAAAAUUGCAUUGACCAAUCUUCAUGUGCUGCUGCUGUUACCUCGCUGUACUAAAAUUCAGGGAUUCACUGCUAAACCAACUUACAAAGUACCUGGUAGAAGUCAGCAUUAUUAUUUGAAAUUGACUUGCAAAGCAAAAGAAGAUCCCGAGGUGUCUCUGGUUAGUCAGCCAAAAGUUACAGAUAUUGUUCUUGAUAUAUCUGGUAUUGUUCCCUUAGAUAUAGACGACGAGAAUGAAGAAAAGUGCAGCCAGCCUAUUGCUAAUGAUAAAGAGUUCUUCAAACUUGUUGAAGAGGAAACUGAGGAUGAUUAUAUUUGGUUUCAAGCAAAUGUUAAUAUCAAAGGAUAUCAACUUGGCUAA